CGGAGAUACCACAUAACAGCUACUCCUUUACCUCCAUCUCCACUGCGCAUCAUGGCCUCGUCCGUGCUCCUGUUCAAGACUCUCUUGUGUCUUCUGUUGGCGACGACGGUGGCGCUCGCCGCUGACGAAGAGAGCGACAACGGCCAGUACAACCCCGACCUCUACGAGAAGCCCUACGAGACGCCUGAGAACGAGGAGCCUACGGAAGCAACAGAUGAGGCUUCUGAACCUUCUGAGGAGGCCCCCGCCCCAGAGACCCCCGCUGCUCCCGCCCCACUGCCGGAAGUAGUCGCAGCAUCCCCGCCAGUAUCAGUAGCACCAUUCCCAUACCCUCUCCUGUACCAAUACAACCCCUAUGUCUACUCUGCCCCACACUUCUUCAGACCUGCAUUAUUCCCAACCGGUGUCCUAUAGGUUCAUCAGAUCGGUUCAAGAGAUGAAACUUGUAAAAUGUAAAUUCAACUUUCCUGUGACCCUAGUUAUCCAGUGAGUUGUAAAUAUUAAGGUUAAACUGUGAUAAUGUAAUAAACUUUUGUACUGAAA